CGAACCGAACGCAGCUUUCUCGCCUCAGUGAACUUGACAUUUGAAAGUAUUAAAAAAAAAAAUUAAUAUAUUUAUUGCGUUACCUCAAUUGUUCCAAAAUUUUAUAGUGUGUGAAAAUCAGUGUUACCUAUAAGUGAUUUAAGAAAAAAUCUGCGAUAUGGAUACGAUUGAGAGCAAUAAUAUAGAUAUUAAUUUGGAGACGAAAUUGAACAACAUGAAGAAUUCUAUCGAGAUGACGCCAAUUCAAAGUUUCUACAGCAAAACAAACAUAUUUGUGACCGGAGGGACCGGUUUCUUGGGGAAGAUUCUGCUGGAGAAGUUGCUUAGGUCAUGCUCGGACCUUAACACAAUUUAUGUGCUGGUCAGAACGAAAAAAGGCAAAAACAUGCACACGAGAAUCGACGAGCUAUUCGACGACCUAAUCUUUGACCGCCUUAAAAGAGAGUGCCCGAAAUUCAAACACAAAAUAGUAGGCGUAGCCGGAGACUGCAGUUUACCACACUUGGGACUCAGCCUGCAGGAUAGAAGAAUACUUAUGGACGAGGUUCACGUCAUUUUCCAUGUGGCAGCGACUGUGAAAUUCGACGAAAAAAUGAAGCUAGCCGUAGCAAUCAACGUGCGUGGUCCUCAGGACAUAAUAUCUCUUAGUAAACAAAUGAAAAAUUUAAAAUCUUUCGUGCACGUAUCUACAGCUUUUUCAAAUUGCAAUCAGACGCAUAUUGAAGAAAGAAUAUACACACCACACGUGGAGAGUAAAAAGUUGAUUUUGCUGGCCGAAAGUUUAUCUGAUAAAAUUCUGGACUCGGUUACUCCAUCAAUGCUCGACACUUACCCAAACACAUAUGCCUUUACUAAAGGAGUUGCAGAAGACGUUGUGAAAAACGAUGGUCAAGGUCUGCCCAUUGGUAUUUUUAGACCAUCCAUUGUAAUAUCCACUUAUAAAGAACCCAUUAAGGCCUGGAUUAAUAACCUUUAUGGCCCAACUGGAGUAUGCGCUGGAUCCGGCACUGGAGUACUGAGAACCCUGCACUGUAAGCCGGAAGUGAAUGCCAACAUAGUUCCGGUUGAUAUGGCUGUCAACGCUAUGAUUGCUUGCGGGUGGCAGAUAGGAAAAUCAUUCGAAGAUAGUAAAAAGGAAGAAAAACCAUUCGAUAUACCUGUCUUCAAUUACGAAUCUAGCAAUGACAAGCCCAUAAAUUGGGGAACAUUCAUGAAAUACUCUGAGGAAUAUGGGGUGGCUUAUCCAAGUUUUAAAGCAAUUUGGUUCUAUUUUUUGACGCUACAGCCAACCUUGAUAGGGUACUUCAUCACACAGUUUCUGCUUCACACUUUGCCCGCAUUGAUUGUAGAUGGCGCUCUACUAUGCGUUGGUAAAUCACCCAUGAUGUUAAAGGUUUACAGAAAAAUCCACAAAUUUUCCGCGGUAAUUUCGUACUUCUGCACGAGGAAUUGGACCUUCCACUCGCAAAACAUAAGAAAUAUGCUGAACGACAUGACUGAAAAAGACAGAGAUAUCUUCUUCUGCGACUUGAAACUCUUAGACUGGAGAGAAUACUUUACAGUAUACCUAAAAGGAAUUAGGAUUUACCUUAUCCAAGAUCCAAUGGAAACUCUCCCAGAGGCCCUCAAAAAAUGGAAAAGGUUAUACUACCUCCACCAAAUCAUCAAAGUUCUACUAGGGUUCUUGUGUUUAAGAUUGUUGUGGAGUUUGUUUACAUUUGUUUCAAGUAUGUUCUAGAUUUCUUGUUUUUAUUUAUUUAUAAUUUAAUUUAAUUAAUAUAUAGAGGAAUGUAAGGCAUUAUUAUAGUUACUGCGAUGAGUGAUAUUAAAUUUAGUUUUUAUUUAUAAAAUUUAAGUUGUAUAUAUGUUAAUUUGUUUAA